AUCUUUCUCUGUUUAGAUGCUGCAUAUUACACCAAUGAGACGCGACUCUAUAAAGACGUGUUUGAAAACUACAACAAGUACAACCGACCAGUUUUAAAGGAAUCUCAGGCUGUGCUUGUUGAAUUUGAUUACCAGCUUAUUCGCAUAAUUGAUGUGGUGAGGCGCAUCAGUUUACGGAGUUAUUGUGUUUUAAUUAAUUCAAUUGGUGGAAAGUGAUUUCCUAAUGUGGCAUUUAGCGGCAUCCUCAUUACGACCGUUCACUCUGCUCCGGAGCCCUGUUUUAGAAGGUUCUUUCCUUUUAAGGAAAGGCCCCGCAAAAAAGCUAACUGUAGUUUUUCUUCGUAAGGUGCAAAGUGACCCAUUUUAUGAUCAAGUUUCUUUGUUACUUUUUUUUAGCUGUGUGUUCCUUUUUUUGUAUUUGUUCCUUCUUCGUCUUCAGAGAGAACUAGAUUUUUGACAUGCUUGUUCACGGAAACCCAUACUUAAAAGAGGCUUUUGGCAACUCGUCUCUUUCAAUUCCAUCUGAUAAUUCAGUUCCAUAGCAGUGAGUUUAGGAAUGACUAUCAGAAUAAUAGAGACAUAGGGCCAGUUAUUUAAACGAAGUUUAGCUAAUGUUAAACAAAACCCCGUUCUAAGCCAUUUUCAGUUUACCUGACACUUUUAUCCAAACACCAUUUAUCGUGAAAAGUUUCGUGAAAGCAUAAGGCUUAGACUGGAUAAGCACUUACUAUAGUAAAAUAUCCCACUAUGGAAGAGAUCCGUAGGUCCAAAGAUUUGCUAAACCACGACCUAAGUUAGACUUCGUUUAAAUAGCUGACCCAUAAUGUUAAUCAAUCUUUUUAGAGUGCAAAAGAUCAGUUUAUCAAGACUUACGCCUGGAUCAAUCAGGUAUGCGUGGUAGCAACGGGGUGUGUACUAUACAUGGGUUUCUGAAGUUAGAAUUCAGUAAAAGUAACAAAUUUCGUUUUGCAAAGUAAAGUGCUUUUCAAAGGUGCUGUCAGUAACUUUUAUUCACAAUCAGCGCCGUAGCUACUAUGAGGCCAACCGGGGCACUCGCCUCGGUAAAAUUUUGACGAAUUUCGCCGAUCAUUUUUAUUGUACAUAAGCGAUCAUCGGAGCCUCUCAGAAAAGAUUUCGUGGCCAAAAUAUAACAGUUAAAAAAUAUAUAUAUAUAACCAAAAUUUUCGCCGUAUUAAUACUGAAAACGCAGAAAACGCUGCAAAUCGCAUUUCCGAGAGACUAAAGUCCAAAAUUUCUCGGGGGGGGGGGGGGCAUGCCCCCGAACGCCCCUAGCAACUCCCGCCUGCCUCAGUUGGCCGUUUGGUCUAGCUACGGCACUGCAUUGUGAUUCCCGUAUAAGAAUUACAUUUUUCCAAUUUAGCUUUAAAAGGUUCUUACAUAUUUGAAUUGGGUAUUGACAGAAAGCGGGUUAUUCAGGCUCUUUAAUAGGUUUUACUUUUUUAAGAGACAAAUGGUCUCUAAUCUAAUUGAAUAUAAGUGUGGUCCCUCUUGAAAAGAAAUUAGGAAAAUUUAAAACCUAUGCAUUUGCUAAAAAAAACUCAACAACUGACAAAAAAAGAUCUGGUGGAGUUCAUUAGUUCCAGCGUUACCUGUAAACGACACACUGUCUCGUUUUAGUGGGAAAAUGUCACUCACACGGGUGAUUUUUUAAGAACGUUAAAUAACACUUUACAAAUAAAAAACCUGCGCAACUGAUUUUAGGUUCAACUGCAGGUUGUUAUAAAAUGCCGGGUGUCUGAAUGUCAAAUAUGAGACAAACGGGGUGUUCAACUAAUCAUCAGGCUUUUUAAGCGUUUUUUAUCAUUUUAUUUAUUUAUUCAUUUAAUAAUUUAUUUAUUUUAUGUUUUUGUAUACGGUUUAUGCAGAAACACAAAAUUCACAGCCUCCUGUUUACCACAGAAAAGUACAGAUUAGAAUGUUUCACUGAAGUAUACUCUCUCGGAAUUCGAAUUACGUUCAUUUUUCAAACUUCUCUCACAGUAUUGGAGGAAUCCUCAACUCACAUGGGAUCCAAAUAAGUACGGUGGAAUCAAGGAAAUUCACGUGUCACCCUCUGAUAUCUGGGUUCCCGACAUUCUUCUGUACAACAAGUAAGUCAUAAACCGAAUGAGUGUAGAUACUGAAACUUAAUGCACAAAAGGAAAUUGUUUCUUUGUUCACAUUAAAACGUUUUUCUUGACAAUCGUUAGUGUUCGAGAGUAUAAAAUGAAAGGGCUUGGAUGAUUUGUCAGUUUUGUUUAGGAAAAAUAAACUACUUUCAUCUAAAAAACUAAAAAUAUGACAAAGUUUACGCUUGACCCAGGCUUACUCCAUCCUCAUACAUCUACACACACUGGAACACAAUUACAAACCACCAAGGGACUCUAGAAAAGUGUCCCGUUAUAAAACAUUUGAUCGUAUCAUUUGUUACUACACUGGGUUUUCUAAUAGGUCUUCUCUUGGGUGGUUCAAAUAAAGGAUCUAUUUAGAGCUAAUGAUUUUUUUUCGAAUCGAAUUUGAAUUUUGUAAUUAUCAGUACUGUCAUCCUCAUCAUCAUCAUCAUCAUCAUCAUCAUCAUUAUUAUUUUUAUUAUUAUUAUUAUUAUUAUUAUUAUUAUUAUUAUUAUUAUUCCUACCUUUGUCAAUGAUGUUAUGGUUUUUCUUUCCGCCUGGUUUGCAACUGGAAGUUGAUGGUGGUGUGUGAACUGAAAAAAGAAAGCAGGAGUAAAUGAGCGUUUGCAACAAUGACACUAGAUUCAGUGACCGUUUAAGCAUGUUUAUAGCGUUAAGUUUAUAUCUUUCUUUACCUUUACUGUUCAAAGUGUUGACGACGAGGACCAUUUUGGCGGUGGGCGUUACACGUACAAAACCAACGUUGCUAUGAAAUACGAUGGCAACACUACGUGGCUUAAUCCAGGAAUCUUCAAAAGCAUCUGCAAGGUGGAUGUGACGUAUUUUCCAUUUGAUAAUCAGAAGUGCUUUAUGAAGUUUGGCUCUUGGUCUUUCGACAGCUCCAAAGUAAAUCUCCGGGCACCUAGCGGAGGAAUGUUCAACAAAAAUUAUGUGAAAAAUGGAGAAUGGAAGGUUACGCUUUUAGAAUCACAGCGAAACCAGCUCAAAUACCAGUGCUGUCCGCACGCUUUUGUAGAUGUCACCGUACACAUAGAACUUCAGCGUGAGUCACUGGACUUUAUCCUUAAAUUGAUCAUUCCAUGCUCGCUGAUCUCAUCCAUGAUAUUCCUUGGUUUUGUGCUGCCUCCUGAGUCCGGUGAACGAAUAGGAUUGAGUAUCACAGUGCUUUUAGCAAUGACAGUCUUUCAGCAACUCAGCUCCGAGCUGAUGCCCUCGUAUGGCUUUCCUCUGCUUGGACAGUAUUAUUUUGCCUGUAUGGUGGAAAUAGGUGCCUCCCUAUUCGUCACAACGCUCAUAUUAAACUUCUAUCAUAGAAAUAGUCGACGCAUGCCCAAGUUUCUGAGGAUUCUUAUUCUUCGCUGGUUGGCGCGAGUUGUAUUCCCCAAGAAAAGCUCCACUAAAGAUUGGAAUCCCAUAGAGACAAAAAAAGAAGCAUCGAACGCGUCGUACAAGGAAGGUUCAUUCCAAAGCGCAGACCAGGGAUCAGACAGCGACGAUAUGUGUCUUUCUCAUGACGAUUCGUCGUACGAUCGCCAAAUACCAAAGAUAUCACCUGCCUUUUCGGAUCCGUGGAUUCCACUGCAAAAGACGCGAUAUAGCUAUGGUUUCCCUGCCAACGGCAUAAUACACCAUAAUGACAACAAUCGAGGCUUUGAAUCAGAAUUGGGGUACGGAGCCAAAUGCUCCACUUUCAGCAAAAAAUCCAGUUUCCACAGGGAAAGAAACAAGAGUAUAAGGCGAAAGACCUCAUGUCAACACAGAUACCAUGGACGUCGUAGUUUCGCUAAAGAACAUUCGUCGCCUUCUAUUUCGACAUCGGUGCUGUUCGACCUUAAUCAGAAAGAGAAGCAGAUCUCCCCGCAGAUGAUGAAGAAUCAAAAAGAGUGGAUCAAAGCUGCUCGUGUGUUAGACAGGCUAUUCUUGAUCGUGUCAGUUUUGGUUGGUAUUACGACAUUAGUGGGAAUAUUCAUUAGAGCACCGAGGUUUCGCUGA